AUGCUGUCACAGGAGCCUCGCUCAUCGGAGAACAUCUCCGCUAUCACACCGCAAGAGCCGACACGAUAUCAGGAGAGGCGAAACGACGAUGAACCGAACCAAGAUCGGCUAGAGACAGCUCGAAAUGUUACUGAAAAAGACGAGGGCAACACCGAGGCGUCAAGUGCGGAAUCAUCGGUCCAGAACCCGCCGUCCUCUAGCAAAGAAUGUAUCAUUAAGCGAUUUUGGAGCAAACAAGUCAGCGUAGUAGUGGAGUUUGAGACUUGUCGCGACCACCUAGGAUACCUUCGUACAUCACUAGCUACGGCUGUCCUAGGGACUGUAGUAGCGCAGCUCUUCGCCUUGCAGGCGUCAGACACAGGCUUCGGAUAUACGGCCGUGGGCAAACCCCUCGCUACCUUGUGCUACAGCUUCUCAAUCUGUAUCGUUUUGCUGGGAGCGUUCCGAGCCUGGAGACUCCAGCACGCUAUGUUUGCUGGUAAGGCACUAGCCGGAGGGUUCGAACUAACAACACUCGCGUUGGGGUUCUUGAUUCUGUCACUAGUCUUCUUUGGCUUUCUAAUUGCUCUCGAUGUAGUCAAAGAGUCUUCGAGCUAG